GCAGGACGUCUUCUCGAUUUACGUUUCUCCUGCUUACCCCCAACUUCUGCGACCAUCGCACCGCCGCCGCUCUGUGCUAUAGAAAUUUCAAGCAAAGAUGUCGACCGACAAGAUCACCUUCCUCUUCAACUGGCGCGCCACGCCCUACCAUGCGCCUGUCUUCCUGGCCCAGGCCAAGGGCUACUUUGCCGAGCAAGGCAUCAAGGUGGCCCUCUUGACGCCCCAGGACCCCUCGGAUGUGACCGAGAUCAUCGGCACGGGUAAGGUUGACAUGGGCGCCAAGGCCAUGAUCCACACCAUCGCAGGCAAGGCCAGGGGCUUCCCCAUUCAGUCGAUUGGCACGAUGAUGGACGAGCCCUUCACCGGCCUCGUCUACCUCAAGGACUCUGGCAUCACCCGCUUCGAGGACAUCAAGGGCCGCAAGAUUGGUUAUGUUGGUGAAUUUGGAAAGGUUCAGCUCGAUGAGCUCACGCAGCACUUUGGCCUCAAGCCCGACGACUACACGGCAGUUCGCUGCGGCAUGAACAUCUCCAAGGCCAUCAAGAAGGGCGAGAUUGACGCUGGCAUUGGCCUCGAAAAUGUGCAGAUGGUCGAGCUCGAAGAGUGGCUCAAGGAGCAGGGACGCGACCCGGCCGACGUCAAGAUGCUCCGCAUUGACGAGCUGGCCGAGCUCGGCUGCUGCUGCUUCUGCUCAAUCCUCUACAUCGCCAACGAGCCCUUCCUCAAGGCAAACCCGGACAAGGCACGCAAGUUCAUGGCCGCCGUCAAGAAGGGCGCAGACUACCUCCUGGCACAGCCUCGUCAGGCCUGGGAGGACUUCAAGGACUUCUGUCCCGAGAUGAACUCGCCGCUUCAGGACAAGAUCUUUGAGCGCUCCUUUGUCUACAUGAGCCGCGAUGCGGCAAACGUACCUCGCGACUGGAACAAGGUGACCAACUACUGCAAGCGCCUUGGAAUUGUCUCGCCCGACUUCCAGGCAAACUACACCAACGGCUUCCUGUCGUGGCAGCCCGACGCCGACAUCGAGGACCCCGACGCAAAGCAGCGCGAGGUGGCUGCGUACCAGAAGGAGGUUGCCGCCGGCCGCAAGUCCGUUCUCACCCAGGCUGUGGCUGCCACCGCUUCGGCUUGAACAUGUAUCAAAGACAACGGAUUCGUGUCAAAGAAGAUGAAAUGAAAUGAAAGAACCCAAAUGAUGAGAU